AUGAACAUGAGGCACAUGGAAGGGGAAUCGAAAUUGCCACAUCUACGGUAUUCCAAGAUGCCAAAGAGCAUUGACAACUGCAGUCUCGGUGCCAUGGGCCUCUGUGAACCUGUUUCAGUCCUGCGUCGAGGCAGAAGGAAGACGAGACUGCAGGCAUCUAUCGGACUACAGUUGAGAGACAUUCAGGCGAUGUUUCUGGUACUGAUGGUUGUGGCUGAACCGUUUCUUUGCUGUGCUGCUGCUGCGGCUGGCGGCGUAGUCCCCCAAACGAGAAUGACCACGCCUGCAGCCGACGACGAUCCCUUGGUGACGCUCACGAACUGCUUUCCCAGCGUUAUACUCGGUUUUGUCACUAUC